AUGCUUCUCCUUGCUCUUCAUCUCAUGUGGGCGGCUCUUACCAGCGCGACGUGCUACGAACCGUCCGUGGCCCAUCCGCUGCCCGAGUACGACGCCGAUGACGUGCUGCUGAAGCGCGUCUUCGCCUUCAUUGACACGGCUCUCACCACCACGGCCGCCGCCCCCGAAUACGCAUCCACGUCCUUCUCGGUCGAAGUCACCUCGUCGAAGGAGUCGCUGUGGUCCUACCACCACACGGCGCGCGUGCGCAACGCGUCGCGACACGACAUCCCCGAGGUCAACGGCGACGCCUUAUACCGCAUUGCGAGCGUCACCAAGUCGUUCACGGUCCUUGGUGUGUUGUACCAGCAUGUGGCGGGCAAUUUGAGUCUCGAUGACUCGAUCGACACGUACAUUGAGGAAUUGAAGGGCGAGCAGGAGGGCACCAUCCCGUGGAAGGAUAUCACCCUGCGGACUCUGGCCAGCCAGCUGAGCGGCAUCCCGAGCGACUUUAUCGCCCAGAGCGAUCUCAUCAACCGCCCUUUCGACUUCCCCUACACCCCUGAGGAGCUGGGCUUCCCACCCGCUUCGCGGGACGAUCUCAUGAAAUCUGUUAAGUCGAGAGCCCCCGUCUUCGCACCGAACCAGAAGUCCACCUACUCGAACUUGGCAUUCGAGCUCCUCGGUCUCGCCAUCGAGAAUGCCACCAACCAGACAUACGAGUCGUACAUCAACGACGCCAUCUUCAAGCCUCUGAACAUGACGAAGAGCAGCCUGUCGAAGCCACCAGACAGCGCUGGCAUUAUUCCGUUCGAGCCGCAUUACUGGGGCGUUGAUGUGGGUAUCCAGAGUCCUACGGGAGGAAUCUAUAGCUCUACGACCGAUCUAUCGAAAUAUCUGCGGUACAUCUUGACCCACUACAAUGGCAUCACGAGUGCUGCGAACUGGGCACAUCCUGCGUCUCCAUCGCGGGGACUGAAUUCAUUCUACGGUAUGCCCUGGGAGAUUUAUCAGACGGACCGUAUCCUCCAGAAAUCUAGGCGGACAGUCAGAUUCAUUACCAAGGCUGGCGGUCUUCCGGGCUAUAGUUCCAUCAUCAUGACGGUCCCCGAAUAUGACCUUGGUAUCACCAUCCUCCUAGCUGCCAACAACGACAUCUUCGGUAAGAUUCAGGAGUUGGUGACAGUUGAGGUUGUCCGUGCCGCUGAGCAAAUUGCCAUUCAACAACUCCAGAAACGGUACACUGGCACUUUUGCGUCAGCUGAGCCUGAUUUGAACUCUUCAGUGACCCUCGUGGCUGAUCACCGGGGCCUGGUGGUUAUUGAAUUCAUCUCAAACUCUACCGACUUCACCAAUUCUGACCUCAUGAAAUAUAUUGGGGCGCCUAGAGACGGGCGAUACUACGUUCAAUUGGUACCGACUCUCUUACACCGCGACGAAAAGGCAAAACUGGGUGAAUUGUGGCGCUUCGUGGUCACCGCAGAGCGGAAGAAUGGUGACCAAGAUAUAUGGGACGACUUUUGCAUCACAAACAUCGAGUCACCGACUUAUGCCAACGUGCCUAUCAACGAGGUCGCUUUUUGGAAUGGGAAAGGGAAGGCUUUCGAUACUCUCGAGCUUUCCGCAUUCAGGACGAACUUGUCCCGAACAGACGACAGCAAGACCGAGCUAAAGCCCGAGUACCAAAUCGUUAUGGAGUUGUAG